UUUUCUGUGUGGAAUCCCAUAAUGCACUUCUCUCCAGAGCUGCCUCAUCCAAUCAAACUGGAAACUGAAUUUUCAAUAAGAGCCUUAUUUACUCACACAAGCAGCAGAAAAUGACUAAUGUUCUUGUCUUCUGUUUGUUUCAUACAGACUUCAAACCAUUUUCUAUGGAUCCAUUGAUCGUCAUCUUCUCAGUCCACAAGGCUCAUUGCUGCAAGCACAUCUGAGUCCGGCAAGCAGAUUACACCAGAAUUGUUUCCAUCAUGAGACUGGUGUUAAAGUACCUGGAUAAGAUGAGGUGUUUCCGAAAACGGUCCACCAUUCCUUUCCUGGUGGCUCUCAUUACCUUCCUGCUCUUCAUAAAUCUCUACAUCGAGGACGGCUACGUGCUGGAGGAAGAUAAACGUCAGCUGCGAGAAACCUCAAUGCAUCCGCUGAACUCAGAGCGAUAUGUUCACACCUUUAAAGACAUCACCAAUUUUUCUGGAACAAUCAAUGUGACUUAUCGGUACCUCGCAGGAACACCUUUACCCAGAAAGAAGUAUCUCACCAUUGGAUUGUCAUCUGUGAAAAGAAAACGAGGAAAUUACCUGUUGGAGACCAUUAAGUCUAUUUUCGACCAGUCAAGCUAUGAGGAGCUCAAAGAGAUCAUUGUUGUUGUCCACCUGGCAGAUUUCGACCUUGCGUGGUGUGAGAGCCUAGUUCAAGAAAUCUCCAGAAAGUUCGGCCACCAUAUCAUUGCGGGACGGCUGCUUGUAAUCCAUGCACCUGAGGAGUACUACCCAUCCCUGGAUGGUUUGAAGAGAAAUUACAAUGAUCCUGAGGAUAGAGUUCGCUUCAGGUCCAAACAAAACGUAGAUUACGCCUUUCUGCUCAACUUCUGCACCAAUCUAUCAGACUUCUACAUGAUGCUGGAGGACGAUGUGCGCUGCUCCCGAAACUUCCUCACCGCCCUAAAGAAAGUUGUGGCGUCCCGGGAGGGUUCAUACUGGGUGAUGCUGGAGUUCUCCAAACUGGGCUACAUAGGAAAGCUGUACCACUCACGAGACCUUCCUAGACUUGCUCAUUUUCUGCUCAUGUUCUAUCAGGAGAUGCCUUGUGAUUGGCUUCUUAUCCAUUUCAGAGGCCUCCUGGCCCAGAAGGAUGCGAUUCGCUUCAAGCCUUCGCUUUUCCAACACAUGGGCUACUAUUCCUCGUAUAAGGGGGCAGAGAACAAACUCAAGGACGAUGACUUCGAGGAAGACUCUCUCGAUAUCCCAGACAACCCACCUGCUAGUUUGUACACAAACAUAAAUGUAUUUGAGAGCUAUGAUGCUGCCAAAGCAUACAGUAGCGUGGACGAGUACUUUUGGGGCAAGGCACCGUCCACCGGGGACUUUUAUGUUAUAGUAUUCAACAAGGCGACAAAAAUCAGUAAAAUCAAGAUCAUCACGGGAACCGAUGAUCGCCAGAAUGAUAUUCUGCAUCAUGGAGCUUUGGAAGUUGGAGAGAAGUUAAUAGGAACCAAAAAGGGAAGGCAGUGCUCCUCCUAUAUAACUUUAGGAGAGUUCAAAAAUGGAAACAUUGAGGUUCACGAUGUGGACCACAAGAUAGCGUUUGAUAUCGAGUGCGUUCGCAUUGUGGUAACAGCCAAUCAGAAGGAAUGGCUUAUCAUUAGAAGUAUAAGCCUCUGGACUACACAAGGUGCCAGUCAAUGAAGACUUUUUGAAGCGUAGCUAAAGGCACAAGCAUAUGUUUAUUUAUCUAUUUAUUUAUUCUGAUUCCUAAAUUAUUUAUUCGCUCUUACCUGAGAGAUCUUUAUUUAUUCAUCCGGUGCAUCUUAAGGCAGUAUAGGAUCAAACUCAGACAGUUUUGGCAUUCUGACAUCAAAUAUUCACACAAUAAAGACUUCAUAAAUAUACACGUUAGUGAUACACGAUACAUCAACAACCAUAUUGGAAUUAAUGUUAUCAAUACGGAGCAAUGAAUUAUGGACUAUUUCAAAUCACACGCAAUCAUUCUACAUCUUAGAAGAGUUUACGCUAGAGGAAAGGCAAGAUGUUGGUACUUUAGGAAUUUUUUAUACCUAGAUGUUUUCAAAUGAUUUUGGGAAAGGAAAGAUCUUUGUCCUUGAAUUUGUUAUUUUUGUUCCAUAUCUUCUUAAGUUACGGUUUAAAGUAAAAACAGUAGUCCACUGUAUUUUUGUUUGUUUUUGGUUUUAGUAUUCAGGCUUCAUUUUUUUAUUUAUUGACUUAUCGGUAUGUCAAUAUCAGCCAAAAUGUCUGUAUUAGUGUAUAGCGUGGGUGUGUGUGUGUGUGUGUUAAGGUUGAUUUAUACUUCUGCAUCAAGUGUACUUGUAUGGUCCGUUGUAGCCUUUGCGCAGUCGCAUACCCCUCACCAUGGCAGACGCCGAUGCUCACCUCACAAAAGUUUAAAUGACGAGUAGCACAAGCUUUGUGAUUGGUCGGCUUGGUAGUGGUGAGAGCUGUGUGAACCUGUUGG